GUUCAGGGGAUGGAGAAGUAAAGAAAUUGUUCGGCAUGUAGUACAUACGUAUGUACGCGAGAAAUACACAUAUGGGACAAAAAAAAACUUGACGAGCAAAUAAAAGAAGAGAUAUUUUUUGCUGUAAAAAUGAAGCCAACAUUUUUAUCUGUCGCAAUAUUAUGCUUUGUACCGAGGAAUGAGAUACAAAAUUUACUUUGGCAUUAGUGUUAUUUUUCACAGAUUCGCGUAUUUUUGCGAUAUCUCUUUGCCGACGAUCUGGCCGAAUGCAUCUGUACUACCGAAGCCAAGUAAAUUCUUGCACUGGAAGAAGGGAAUUAAAUAUGACGUUGCUUCACGACUAUGCUUUCUGGCGAAAAACAAAAUUUUUCUGUCAGCAAGAAAAACCGGUUAAUGGUGGCCCAACCAUCGAUUGCUCCGUUAUACGGUACCCGUACGUAGCAGCAUGGCUCCACAAUACAGGUUAUCAACCUUCAACAUUCACCGUAUUCUCAUGGAAAAUAUCAUGAUAACACGUGAGUUCAGUGAUUGCGGAACGAGGAUUACCAUCUUCCAUGAUUUGUAUUCUCUACCAAUGAUGCGUUUCCGAAGACGGAUCCAUCCAGGAUUUAAUCUGUUCGAUCUUGUGGAUGAUGAAUUUUUGGGAAUUCGAACAAUUUGACGAUCGGUGAUGAAGAAGCUCUACCUGAAGAGGCUUCCACGUUGCUGUCGGUGCUUCUAGUCGGUUCGCCAAACUUCAUAUUUAAUUUAAAAUUCAUUUUUUACGAUUUAAGGAAUAUCGCGUAUAUACGUUGCGCAAUAAUUUAUCAACUAGCUAAAUUCAGCCUUUUUCAUUUCCAUAUUCAUCAUUCGAAACAUCCGUAAAUCUUGUAAAACCUUUUCAAUCCCAGCUAAUCUUUUUCCAAUAAGCGAUUCAGUCGUGGCCUACUUUUAAGCUUUAUCAUAGCUGUCAGAACGAAGAAAGGAUUAUUUUUGCACGACAAAACAAAUCUCUAAUUCUACCUAUUCACGAUUAUGCGAACCACCUCGUUAUGAAAUUUUGCGUGCGAAAUAGAAUUUAUUGCGCAUCGUAAGUAAGAGCAAGAAAAAAGCAAGGUGUCGUAUAUAUUCUCUCGACACCUUUUACGAUAAAUUAUUAUUUAGAAAUUCAUUGAAUUUCAAUUGAUUUUACAGAUACGUAUCCUAUAGUUAACGGAGAAACAACAAAACGAUUGAGAAUAUCAUUUAAAACGAAAGUAUGCCCCCAGAUGUUCCAGAAGUGUUCAUUCAUCGAUUUUCAUUUGAAUUUUGCAGGAUUCCUGCUGCUGAUACUUGUAUUUUUAUCAGUCGCUGGCAAUGUCCUAGUUUGCGUAGCAAUUUACACUGACCGAGGAUUGCGAAGAAUAGGGAACCUAUUUCUAGCAUCCCUUGCGAUUGCUGACCUCUUCGUCGGUUGUUUGGUGAUGACAUUUGCCGGCGUAAAUGAUCUUCUCGGAUACUGGGUCUUCGGCACGCAAUUCUGCGACACUUGGAUCGCUUUCGACGUUAUGUGUAGCACUGCCUCUAUUUUGAAUUUAUGCGCUAUAUCUCUUGAUCGUUACAUUCACAUCAAGGAUCCGCUGAGAUACGGUCGCUGGGUAACAAGGAGAAUUGCAACUGCUGGGAUCGCUGUUGUGUGGCUAUUAGCAGGUCUCAUUUCUUUCGUGCCGAUCAGCCUGGGUCUUCAUAGAGCAGAUCAGUUCCUGGUUUAUAAUGAUGGGAAAGAGGAACAUCCAACUUGCGCCCUGGACCUUACCCCUACCUACGCGGUGGUAUCCUCUUGUAUCUCUUUUUACGUUCCUUGCAUGGUAAUGAUCGGAAUCUAUUGCAGACUCUAUUGCUACGCGCAGAAACACGUGAAAAGUAUUCGUGCUGUCACGAAAAUACCGGAUGUAUCUGUAAGAAAGAGCUUCCGUACAAAGAGUCGUUACAAGCCACCAAAACCACAAAUGAAGUCAAAGCCGACUAGUCCGUAUCAUGUAUCCGAUCAUAAGGCAGCAAUUACCGUAGGCGUUAUCAUGGGCGUCUUUCUUAUAUGCUGGGUUCCAUUCUUCUGCGUUAACAUUGUUGCAGCCUACUGUAAAACCUGCAUAUCAGUGCAAGCAUUCCAAGUACUCACGUGGCUUGGCUAUAGCAACUCGGCCUUCAACCCGAUCAUCUACAGUAUCUUCAAUACAGAAUUCAGAGAAGCAUUUAAAAGGAUCCUAACGAAGGGUGUGCGUUCUCGAGGAAAUCAGCCUUCCACUAGUGAAUGUGGUGAAUUUCGAUCUAUAGUGAUACAGAAACACAAUGGCUCUAUGAUCGAGUGUAACAUCAGUCCGAGAUCGAGCGCAGACAGUUCUCAUGUUGGGGUUAUAGCUCAAGUGCAUCGAGACACCUUAGCCAGUGCAAUAUAAAAGAAAAAUAUUCAAUAUAGCUUGCGUGAAGACACUUUGCAAAGAAGUUUUACGUUCCUAUGGCCUCGUAAAUACAUGUAUAUCUAUAACGAGUAUUCGGUUAUUUUCCAAAGAACCAUCGGUGUCGAGAGGAAGCGUUUGUCAUUUAAGCUCAUUCGCGCAACGCGACAAUCGUCGGAAUUGUCUCAUUGCUAAUAUUUAUAAUUACUCUAAUUCAGGUGCUUUUUUUUUAACGAACUCCGUCUACGUCGGGCCUUGGAAAAAAAUAUUUAAAAAAGAAAAACAAAAAGAAAAACAAAAAGAAGAAAUAAUAAAACAAUCGAUAUAAUAUAUAUAUAUAUAUACAUAUGCAUGUAAAUGCAAUUUCUCUUGGUCGGAGUAUGGAUCUUGUAUUACGGAUGAAGAAAUUUUGUUAAAAAAAGGAUCUCAUAUCAAGUAUUAGUUGCUAAUCAUAGUUACUGUACGUACUAUAUGCUUAUUCUUGGGACUGUAAUUAUAGCGCUAGUGCUUAACUAAUCCGAAAAUGUAUAAUUAGAUUAGUAGAUAGAAGUUAAUAUGACCGAAGGAAGAAGAAGGAUAUCAAGUUUAAAUUAUAUUAGAUUCUCUUAGAGAGAUUUAAAAAUAAAAUUCAGUGCGUAGAGACACCGGACUAUGUACAAAACCGAAAAAUAAUUUAAAUAAAUAGUUAGUAUGUUUUGUUCUUCCAGAA